AUGGCUUAUACGUUUUUGUUGAUCAUCUUUAUGAUAUGCAUUGACCAAGGUGACGGACAUUGGAAGGAAAAGGAGAGAGAAAACCUUAGACACGAUAUUCAGGCGUACAAAGAAUUGGCAGAAAAAAUUGAACGGGAGAUAGAAAGUUUUUAUGAUAAGAAUCCGGAAGAACGCUAUAAGGAAGAUGAUUUUAGUACCAUACACUACAAAAAUGUAGCGAAUAUGAUAAACCAUCAAAAAGAAACAGGGAAAGAUGGUAUCAAGACUACGAAAGAUGAUAACGUUUUUAAUACACACCUAAAUAACGUAACGAGUAGUGGAUCGUCAGAGUCUAAAAAUUAUGAAGGAAAUUUAGUAAAAGUAACUUUUAAAAACAAUCAACCCGUUAAAUCUGAGAUAAUAAAUUCACCUUGGCCAAAAUUCGAAGACAUUCUUUUAGCUAUGGGGAGAAAAUAUGACUGGAAAAAUGAUAGAUGGAUUAAAGUAAAAGGGAAAUUAAAAGGACUCGCCAACAUAAUGAAUUCCAAGGCAGUAGAUAAAAACAAUAUCGAAUUUCAUGAAAAACACAAGUUUAGCUACAGAAUCGUAAAACUUAAUAAAAGUAAGAGUAGACGAAAUGUCGUGGUAGCUGUAUCAGCUGUGAGAUAG